UUAACCUGCUUCCUUUCUUUCUAGUAGCCCUUCACGCUUCUAAGUGAGAUGAUCACCAUAAUUCUUUCCAAUAAUUCUCAUCACUUCCCACAUACCUUCUUCUUGGCUGGCAUCCCAGGACUGACUGCUGCCCACAUUUGGAUCUCACUUCCCUUUUGCUUUAUGUUCUUCCUGGCAGUGACUGGGAAUGGUGUCCUGCUUUUUCUCAUCCGGACAGAGCACAGCCUUCACCAGCCCAUGUUUUUCUUUCUUGCUAUGCUCUCCUUUGUUGACCUGGUUCUCUCCCUCUCUACUCUGCCCAAGAUGCUGGCCAUCUUCUGGUUUGGUGCUACAGCUAUCAGCUCCCACUCCUGUCUUUCCCAGAUGUUCUUCAUCCAUGCAUUCUCUGCUAUGGAGUCAGGAGUGCUGGUGGCCAUGGCUGUGGACCGCUUCGUGGCCAUAUGUAACCCACUACAUUAUGCAACCAUUCUUACCCCGGUUGUUGUUGCCAAGAUUGGAGGCCUGGUAGUGCUGCGAGGUGUGGGAUUGACCAUCUCCUUUCCAAGCUUGGCCCAUCGGCUGUCCUACUGUGGCUCUCACACGAUUGCCUAUACCUACUGUGAGCAUAUGGCAGUAGUGAAGCUGGCCUGUGGGGCCACCACUGUGGAUAACCUCUAUGCCUUUGCUGUGGCAAUCUUUCUUGGUGUGGGGGAUAUGGCCUUUAUUGCCUACUCUUAUGGGAAGAUUGUGAGGACCGUGAUUCAUUUUCCUUCACCUGAGGCACGUGCUAAAGCUGGCAGCACAUGUACAGCUCAUGUCUGUGUCAUCCUCUUCUUCUAUGGACCAGGCUUUCUUUCUGUAGUCAUGCAGCGCUUUGGCCCACCCACAGCCUCUGCUGCUAAGGUCAUCAUUGCCAAUCUCUACUUGCUCUUUCCCCCUGCACUGGACCCCAUUGUCUAUGGGGUCAAGACCAAGCAGAUCCGGGAGCAGCUGCUUAAAAUGCUGAGGCCCAAGCAGAUUGAUCCCACCUGA